UAUUUGUUUACAUGUCAAAGAAAGGUAAAUAAAAUGAAUCAAGUGUGCCGCUUUUGCGGCUCUUCUAAUCCAGAUACCGUGAAUAUCCUUGAAAGUCCUUCAGUGAUGACAAAUGUUGAAGUGUGCUUGGCCAGGAAGGUGUCCAUGGGGGAUAAGCUACCAGUAACAUGUUGUUCCAGUUGUCGCGAUACCCUCGAGACAUUUGCCAAUUUUGUCUCUAUGGCUAAUGCAACGGAAAAACGUCUUCUGGAACUCCGGGAAAUACCGAAACAGAUACAGAAACUUCCUGAUGUCACAGCUAAAGUUGUGCAUCAGAAAUAUGAGAAGAGGAAAGGAUCAGAUGGUCUGAAUAAGAAGCAGGAGAAGGGUGUUGUAAAGCGGGAUGUUACAACGAUUGUAAAGAAACUGUCUGGACGUUCUGACCUUACCAUGGUAAAAAUUGGACCUCCGAGUUCUUCUGCUUCUGGGACUGUAGAGAAGAAAGUCCCAAUAAUUACGAAUGCCCCUUCGUCUUUUCUCUGUAUGGGUUGCCGGGAGAGAUUUGACUCAUUCGAUGCCCUGUCGAACCAUAUGAAGACACCUGGACAGUGCAAGAAGAUUAACAUCUAUAAAUGCAAUACCUGCAACAAAAUUUUCGACAAACGAAAGAAAUACUAUCAGCAUAGCUUGAGUCAUCGUGAUCGAAGCUCAUUCGUUUGUGAUCAAUGUGGUAAAACCUACAAUAAUCGCUUCAAUCUGGAGAAUCACAAAUCUUCCAUCCAUGGAGAUGCCGUGGAGGAGAGCGAUAGUGCAAUCUAUAGAUGUCGACUUUGUUCUCAGCAAUUCACCAAUAGAAAUGAACUUUUUAGGCAUAUUGAAGCUCAUGGUAGUCCCUCCCGCCAAUCCCAUCUCUGUGACAGAUGCGGAAAAUGCUUCGCCUCCCAGGAAGCUCUUAAAUCUCACAGUGCCAUUCACACAAAUGGGUACGUGUGCACCAAAUGUGGUCAGGAUUUCAUUAGGAAAGCCUCACUUGUGCAGCAUGAAUGUUCCAAGUCUCCCCAAAAAAAUACAGCAGCCAGUUAAUUCGGGUUCAGGAUAAAAAUGCGCCUCUCACGCCUCCACUUAGCCAAAUUUAUUCUUAGUCAAAAUUUCAAAAAUUGUUGUUUUGAGCUGUUUUAGGCAAUUAAUAAAAAAUAUUUCAUAUACAGUGGGGGCAAAAAUAAUAGGACCACCUCUGCAAAAACCAUUA